GGCCUUUCAAAACAGCUUUGCUAUAAAAGGCCCCACACAAUAAUAGCCUGAAACUGCACUUCAAUCUCGACAUAGAUAAUGGCGGGAAAGCAGAUCGGCGGCGAGGGCUUGCCAGCCAACAUCGCUGGAAUGUCGAAGAAUCAACUUUACGAAAUCAUGUCCCAGAUGAAGACGCUUAUAGAACAAAACCAGCAACAAGCGAAAGAGAUCCUUAUUCAAAACCCUCUCUUGACUAAAGCCCUAUUUCAGGCUCAGAUUAUGCUUGGAAUGGUUAAGCCCCCUCAAGUGAUUCCUACCAUUCAGCCACCUACAUCGCAGCAAUCUCAGUGUCAGCAAUCAGCACAACCUCCUCCAAUGCCAAACAUCCAGCCAGCAAAAUCAAUGCCAGGUCAACCCAGGUUGCAGGACCAAGUGGCUCCAUCUGAGACCCAACCUCCUUUAAGGAAACAGCACCAAAACCAAGCUGGGGCACAUAUCUCAGCUGCUGCUGUUCCUCCAGCCAGUAUUCAGUCUCAACCCACGCCGUCACAUUCCCUUCAGACACCACAGCAGAUGAAGGGGCAUCUGAAUCCUCCGAUGUCCCUUCCACAAUCAUCUCAACUGCCAAAUGUACCUCCAGUUCCUCUUCACUCAUCUUCACAGCCCCAUCAUCAUCAACAAACACACAUGCCAAUGGCCUCCGGCCAGUUGCAGCAGUCUUUGCAGACAACUGGAAUUCCUCAUAUGCCUCUCCAGCCAUCAAUGCCGCAACAGGCUAGACCACCUACACUGCCAACUUUACAUCAUCAGUAUACCCCCCAAAUGGGUCCUAAUGUUGGUUUCCAGCACCCCGGUGCUCCCCAGCAUCUUUCACAGCCUAUAUUCCAUUCAAGUAAUAAACCACCUUCUUUUCCACAAGGACAGCCACCACACUCAAAUCAGCUGCCACCUCAACCAAUGUAUCAAAAUCAAGCAGGAGGCGUACAUUUAGGAUCUGAUUUUAGCAACCAAGUUCGAGGUUCAAUGCAGGCUGAUAGAGGAUCUUCUUGGAUGUCAAGCCAACCAGAUAAUUCAACACUAACACAGCUUCAAGGACCCUCAGCAUUGGUUCCCAGUCAGAUGGGUUCUGGAAAUCAGCCCCCUCGGCCUGCAUCGUUGACUCCUGAGAUGGAGAAGGCACUACUUCAGCAGGUAAUGAGCCUCACUCCAGAACAAAUUAAUCUCUUGCCUCCAGAGCAAAGGAAUCAAGUACUUCAGCUCCAGCAGAUUCUUCGCCAAUGAGAAGGUCUAAUAGCAGAAAAGAUUAAUCUCUCUACCCCCCCCCCCCCGGCACAUUGCAUGCGAGGAAUUGAUGAUCGAGAUUGAAGGAAUUGUUUAGCAUUUGCUGCCAAACCUUUGCGAGCCUUAGAUAUUUAUUUGAAGGUUUAUAGAUAUAGAGAGAUUAUUAAAGUUGAACCUUGUUAUGGGGCGGAUUUAUAGGCUCUUGUUUUCUUUCUAGUGUGGUAAGUUGACAAAUUAAAGAUUUGUAACACCUCUAUUCCGUCUCCGUUGUUAGAUUAGAGUUACAGAGUGUUACCAAACAAAAUAGAACAUUUAACUAUUUAACAGACAUAAUUUUUUAACUAAA